AUGGGCAUUACUUUCCAGCUGUUCGUAUUCUCCCUUUUCCCGUACAAAGCCUUUCUCUACUUCAUUAACAAGUCCAAGACUUCCCCUAACCUCACUCUCUUCGGCUUCUACUUCUUGCUCGCCUUCGUCGGAGCCACUGCCUCCUGGGAUUCUCCCAAACUCACUCGAUCAUGCUCAAACCUGGAAAGAAGGGAUGUUCUCGGUGAUACAAUUCAUCAAUUUCCAGAUUCAAAGUCGCAAUCUUUCGAGAAUUUACAGGAACUUACAGCAGGUAAAGUGGCUGCUAAUCUUAAAAGCCCCAGGUCUGUGAUGACUCACUGCAGUGCUGAUAGAGUUAUGUUGAGAAGGCAUUCCUCAAGCCAAGUUCUUCCUUAUGGAAGUAAGAGACUUUGGUGCAAGAUGUUUCUCUGGAGCCAUAGGAACAUACAUAGAGCUAUUUCAAGCAAAUCAACACAGGUGAAUCCUGGUGUGGCUGUAACGCACAAUCCAUACGGGUACUCUUCCGACACCCUUGAACCGAAGCACAAGCAGUCACCAGGAAAUGUGGAAUGGCUCUUCAGCUUAAUACGCUUAGUAUGUUCGCAAUUGUUGAUUCGCGGUGAUGAACUAAUUAUGCGUUUGGGUGUUCUAAGAGGCGGCGCAGAGGUGGCAGUGAAGCGAAUAUCACAAGAGAAUGACGGCGUGAGAGAGUUCCUAGCAGAAAUUUCAAGCCUUGGAAGAUUGAAGCAGAGAAACUUGGUUGCUCUGAGAGGAUGGUGCAAGAAAGACAUGGGAAAUUUCUUGUUAGUUUAUGAAUACAUGGAUAAUGGGAGUUUGGAUAAGAGAGUGUUUUGUGAUGAGAGCAUGAUGCUGAACUGUGAAGAGAGAAUAAGAAAUAUCAAAGGUGUGGCCUUUGCUGUGUUGUAUUUGCAUGAAGGUUGGGAAGAACAAGUUCUGCAUAGGGACAUCAAAGCCAGCAAUGUGUUCUUUAUUUGUUGA